CUCAUAGGGGGAGAGAGAGAGAGACAGAGAGACAGCAGAGGGCUGAAGUCAUCAGCCGGCCGGCAGGAGGGGAGUGAAUGGGUCCUGCACGCGAAGCAGAAAAGCGCUGAAACUGCGGAGAUUUCCUUGGGUUCAGUUGCCUGCCGCCGCCGACAGAGAGCUAGAGGAGGAGUGUGUUUGAAAGCCAAAAGAACUACGAAACCUUCCUUUUACACAUUUAUUUCGUCUUUACUAGUGUUGGUCCUGUGGUGGCUUUUCACUUUGUUUGUGCUUUAGAUGAUGCUGAGAUGAAGCCGAGACCCUCGGUGCGCCUGGCACAUUAGGGUAUCCACACACACCAGGACGCACGGCGCAUCUCCACUGAGUGAGACGGGAAGAGGGGGGGGAAAGGUCCAUUUGGAGUUGUGCACAUGGAUAUGAUAACGCAAACUCUUUGAGAGUCACGUUUACUCAUAAAUAAUAUUUACAUCCAUCUUUCUGACCUACACUAAUGAUUGGUUUUGCUGUCCCCCUGCGCACACCGUAUGAGAAUCCAGCUUUUUGGCGUGUUUGUUUGAUUUUUUGGAAGGCAUGGUCUUUAUCACAGCACGGAUAACGGAUCCCUGACUCCGUCUCGCUUUCUUGGCACAUAUGAGGAUCCUAUCCAGGAUGUUACAGUCUAAGCGGCCCAGGCAUCAUUGGGCCACCGUACACUACCAUCACCACAUAUCGCCACAUAGCUGGGGGUCCUGCUGUAUCUAGGAAUAAUCUACCCUCCUCACUCUGCCUCCGUCUGGGGGAAGAACACGGAAUCUUAUCCAAAAAGUGAUUUGGUAAACAUUGACAUUGGCUUUAAGAGUCUCAUCUCUGGGCUACUAUGCAAUUACAACUGAUCUCCUUUGCUUUGAUCAUCUUGCACUGCAUGGAUUACACUGGUUGUCAGCAGCACAGCAGCUCCAGGCACCGGCCAAAUAAACAGAUCUCUGGUGUGAGCUCAGGGUGCCAGCAGGGUGGCUGUCUGACCUGCUCUGACUACAAUGGCUGCCUGUCCUGCAAGCCACGCUUCUUCAUGCAUUUGGAGAGGAUUGGGAUGAAGCAGAUCGGGGUGUGCAUGACUUCCUGUCCUCCAGGCUUUUACGGCACACGCUCCCCAGAAAGAAACACCUGCACAAAGUGCAGGUCGGAGUGCGACUCCUGCUUCUACAAGAACUUCUGCACACACUGCCGAGCAGGAUUCUUCCUUCACCUGGGCAAGUGCCAGGAGAACUGCCCAGAGGGGCUGGUCCGCAGUGACACACAGAGGGAGUGUGUUCCCAGGUGCCAUGCAGAGUGUGAGGUGUGUGUGAACAGUGAGACAUGCACACAGUGCAGGCCAGGCCGGUACCAGCUCAGCGGGAGGUGCCACCAUGUCUGUCCAGAGGACUACGAGCCUAAUGGCAUACUCAUGGAGUGCACACCACAAGUGCACUGCGAGGUGGGUGAGUGGAGCGAGUGGAGCCCAUGCUCUCGGUCCGGUAAAACCUGUGGGUUCAAGCGAGGACAGGAGACCCGCACACGGCAGCUCCUCCAGUCUCCAUCACCCUUUGGCAAUCCCUGCCCUGGGAUGUCAGAAACCAAAGAGUGCCUGGUCAAGAGGAGGAAAUGUCCAGGACGGAGGAAGAAUGAGCGAAGAGAACAGAGGAAUCGCAACAACCGAAAAGAUAAGGAGAACCAAGAGGGGCGACGGGAGAGGAAGAGAGAAAGGGAGCGAGAGAGGGACCCGGGUGAACGUGAGGACUCUGAUAACAGGAACAAAACGGAGCACAGGCAUCGCAGAGGCCACGACACAGACCCAGUGUCCCCUGAAGACGGCCUUGUACAGUAGUGCUCUGGACAGACAAAUUCUAACGCCUCCCCACCCUCCUCCUGUUAUCCUCCCAUUCUUCCUCCUCCACAACUCUCCCAUCCUCACCCACUGUUCACCCCUCUCGACCCCUCUCUGCAGGGGUGUUGCUGCUACCUGUAUGAUUUGAAUAUAAUGUUAAUGCACAAGCGAUUUGGGGCACAUUCAGCCACAAGGCUUGGGCCACUUUUUUUUCCUAACCUGUAGCCUUCACUUCCACCACUGAGAGAGUGUCUCUGUUGAAAUGUGCAGGAGACACUGCCGAGACUGCUGUUGGGACUGAAGAACAAAGCGAGAAAUUCAAAUGUCUGUGACUGUGUGGUGGACUGGCAGGCUGGCAGACACACGGACAGAGAGACAAAGACGUUAUACUAUGUGCUAGUUGAUUUGGUUAUUUAAUGGGGCCCUGGUACAUUGCGCGUCUUGGUUUUUGAAUGUAGAUUUUGCAACAUUAUGUAGAACAUUUGUUUAUUGUUGUUGUUCCUGUAUAGAUCCUGUAUAGAUCUCUAUACUUUAUUUUAUUUGGUGCAGAAUUUGUAAAGAAAAAAUAAAAGUGAGUUUGCUAAUUGCCAUCUUGUGACAUUUUUAUAAUCACUACCAGUGAGAACCUUCAUGCUAUGAAUCAAAGGAUCAUGGUCAAAAACUGACUAACAUGUGUUCUGUACAUCUUGGACAAAAGCUAGUUUGAUCCAGAUAAGUGAUGAAUCUAAUCUACCAUUGGUUUUUCUUUUUGUGUAAAUGGAAUCUGUGCUCUCAGUAAAGCUCCUUGACUUAGAACCAAAAGCACCUGUAUGUCAAAUAAAACUAUAAUGGGUUUGUA